AUGAUUGGGUUACUACUUCGGUACUAUGAGCAGACUGCUGGCGUGGUCGCUCUUGACGGUAUUCCACUUCGUGACUACAAUAUCUCAUGGCUACGAAGCACAAUUGGUGUAGUCCAGCAGGAACCCGUUAUAUUUGCAACCACAGUAUCGGAGAAUAUUCGGAUGGGUGACGACAGCCUAACAAAUGAAGAUGUCGAGGAAGCUUGCAGACUCGCUAAUGCUUUAGAAUUCAUCAAAAAGCUCAGCGACGGAUUCAACACGGUUAUCGGUGAAGGAGCUGUGCAGCUAUCCGGUGGACAAAAGCAACGAAUUGCCAUUGCGAGGGCACUUAUUAGAAAACCGAAAAUACUGCUACUAGACGAAGCAACCAGUGCGUUAGACAAUGAAAGUGAGAAGGCAGUACAGGCAGCACUAGACAAGGCAAAAGAGAAUCGAACCACUCUAUGUAUUGCACACCGACUGUCCACCAUUAGAAACGCUGGAAAAAUUAUCGUCUUUGACAAAGGACGUAUAAUUGAGCAAGGUAUCGAGAUUCUUAACAUAACGAAAUCCAUUCAAGUGAACGGCAUUUAUCUUGGCAUGGUGAACGCACAACAAAUAGCCAAAGGCGAGGAAGAUACCACACUUGACGACGUGGACCCACUGCAUUUGCAACGCGGUUUUACACGUCCAGCUUCAGUUGUUGACAUACAGACCCAUUCGGAAUUGAAGAGAGAAUCGACACGAAUACGUCAAAGCAUGAUUAGCACAUCCACGCAAGAGACGGCGUGGGAGCUUGAAAGCGCACGUGAAGAAAUGAUGGAUGAAGGAGGCAUGGAAGCAUCUUCGCUUGAUAUCCUAACCUACGCUAGACCAGAACUCCCAAUGGCUUUCGUUGCAAUGAUUUUCACCGUACUUCGUGGACUGACUUGGCCAAUUUUCUCCAUCAUCUACGGAAAACUGUUUUUGCUGUUGUCGAAUCCGGAUCCAACGAUGCUGGCAAGAGGUAACGUCACAAAUUCUGUCUUCUUCAUGCUACUGGCGAUAGGGUCCGGCAUAACAACAUUUUGCUCGGGUUCACUGUUUGGUAUUACCGGAGAAAAAAUGGCGAUGCGUCUGCGAAUGGAUGUGUUUAAGAAUAUCAUGCGACAAGAUGCCUCGUACUUUGACGAUUCGAAGCACAACACCGGCAAUCUGACGGCACGCCUCGCGACGGACGCGCCUAAUGUGCAAGCGGCAAUUGACCAACGUCUUGCCGAGGUGAUGCAGGGGAUCUCCGCUCUGGCCACCGGCAUUAUUGUCGCGUUCUGCUACGGAUGGAACAUGGCAAUGUGCGGUCUGGUCACCGCUCUGAUACUCGGUAAGACCAUUCAACAUAGACUUCUUCACAUUCUUAAAAUCACUCGAAAACUAUCAGAGUUUAUUGUAAAUGGUUACAAUAAUCUGGUGGUCAUUUUUGAUUUGACGAUAGUCACCGAGUCAAUUUCCAACAUUCGCGCAAUCCAAGCGCUCUGCAAGGAAAGCUACAUGUUCCAAGCAUAUUGUGCUGCAGCGCGUGAACCUCAUAGAAGAGCUAUGAUACGAGGUGAGCAGAAAUAUUGCCGAAGCCACCACCAUUCCUACAGCAACGAUUCACACCUCAUGGUUAACUCUUAA